AUGGGUCUUAAAAUGCCUACCAAAGAAGAAGUACGAAAGUACUGGGUAAACGACGGUCCUAAACUUGUAUUUGUAACAUUAUUCUUUGCAGGAAAUGCAGCUGUAUUCUUGGAAAGAUUUUUUCACUAUAAAUAUAAAGCACCAGAAGUAUAUGAUCUUUUAGGUUAUGGUGCAUGUGUCGCUAGAGGUAGCGCAGCUAUGAUCAAAUUGGAUAGUGCAUUGAUUUUGAUUCCAGUGUUGAGAAAUUUCUUGUCGUGGCUAAGAGGAACCUUUGUAAACAACUAUGUUCCAAUCGAUAAAAAUAUUGUAUUCCAUAGAUUGUGUGCAUGGACAAUCUGUGUCGCUACUUUUGCACAUAUUAUGGCACAUUUCUCAAAUUUCCAAGUUAUCUCAACUGUAGAUGAUCCAGUAGAGUUGGCACCUAUUAAAAUGGAUACUAUUCCUACAGCUCGGUAUUUGGCAUUCCAUACACUCGCAGGUUGGACAGGACAUUUGGCAACGGUUGCCAUGUUGUUGAUGUUUUCAUCGUCGAUCGAAUCGAUUCGUCGUCCAAUGUUUGAAAUAUUUUGGUUCACUCACCACUUGUUCAUUGUUUAUUUCGGUUUGAUUGCAGUUCACGGUUUGGCAGGUCUACUCGAAAAAGCCACCUUUUGGAUGUGGGUAAUUGGACCAUGUGUACUUUACGUUCUUGAAAGAAUAGUUAGAGUUGCAAGAUCGAAACAAACAACUUUAUUAUUAUUGGCAAGACAACAUCCAUCAAGAACCAUUGAGCUAAGAAUGAAAGUAGAGAAAUUCAAAUAUAAACCAGGUCAAUAUUUAUUCUUGAAUUGCCCAACGAUUGCAAGAAAUGAAUGGCAUCCAUUCACUAUUACUUCGGCACCCGAAGAGGAUUUCGUAUCGUGUCACAUCAAUGUCGUCGGUAAUUGGACUGGCAAGUUGUCGACUCUGAUGAAUCCCGACAAGAAGAUGGGAAUUGUCCAGGAGAACGUGUUGAACGCACCCGAUGGAAAACCAAUUUUGAGAAUCGACGGUCCAUUCGGUGCGGCUUCCGAAGAGGUCUUCAAGUACAAGUACGUCAUGCUGAUCGGUGCCGGUAUCGGUGUGACACCGUUCGCCUCGAUCUUGAAGCACAUCAAAUUCCAGUUGUCACGUCAGUACCAAACCACUCAGAUGGUCGAGAAAGUACAUUUCUUCUGGAUCUGUCGUGAUCGUUCCUCGUUCGAGUGGUUCUCCGGCAUCAUCGGUGCUCUGGAGAUGGAGAACAUCAACAAUUUCCUCGAUAUCAAUCCCUACUUGACCGGUGCCCUAUCGGCACAGGAAGUCAGAGAUGUCAUGUAUGCCGGCGGUGAGGAGGAUGCACGUGAUCAGAUCACAGGUUUCACAGCGCCGACACAAUUCGGUCGUCCCAAGUGGAGUGAGAUUUUCGCCGACUACUCACAGCGUUACGCAGGCAAGGAUGUCGGUGUCUUCUUCUGUGGUCCCAAGAUCCUCUCGAAAUCCCUAUAUAAAAACUCUCAACCUAUAUAUUCAGAUCCACUAAGUGUACCCCCUUUGAAUUUCAUUACGAUGAUGGUAUACAAUUGGAGUGAUUGCUCUGAAAAUGGUCUACCUACUGCUCUUCCUGAGAAGAUAGUUUCAUUUGGAUUACCAGAUAUUUGCUAUCAGUACUCAGAUACGCAGAGUCUAAAACUAGUUUUAAUAGGAUUAGACCUAACAUUUAAUAUGUACAUUGAUAAUGCAUGUCAGAAUAUGGAAAGCAACAAUGUUUACCAGGUCGGUAGCAAUUGUAUUGCUUUUAGGUAUUUCUAUCAGCCUAAAUACUUUAUGUUUAGAUACGGUCCUGUACAAUUACCACCUAAAACAUUACAAACUCCUUAUUUAUAUUACGAAAGAGUACCUUAUCUCAAUAGUACAUGUAGUUCAACAAAUGGUGAUGGAUAUUUUUAUUCUAGAAAUAUGGUAAAACCAAAUACAUGUACAUUUAGUGAAACUAUGGAUGGUCCAUCAUUCAAGUCUUUGGAUGGUGAUUCUACUUCAAUCCAGUUGUCCAAUAGCGUUGUAUCAUGUGUUACUGGGCCGGUGUCGACCUACUACUCUCAGUGUCCAGUAUCUAUGGAUAACUUUAGAAUUGUGAAUGCUUUCAAAACCAGUGGUCCUUCUGUGGUGCCUCCAUUUGUUACCGUUCUAUCCUAUGGUCUUAUCAGAAUAGAGCAUCUUGAUUAUGGAUAUUCAGAGAAACACACUCUUUUUGGAACCAUUGUGCUUUCAUAUAAUGAAACCAGCGAACAAUACUCAAACAAUGUUUUCAGACUAUCGAAUAACAUGACAUUAACCAAAAUGCCAACCAACUUCCAAGGUCAGAUUUCUAUUCUCAUUGAUGGAUAUGAUUGGAUUCAAAAUGCACAAAUCCCAGCUUUUGUUUCAAAUACAUUUAUUAUUCCAAAGAAACCUCAAAUGGCAUCGUUAUCAUCCACACCAGGAGUAACCAGUACUACACUUAGCUAUCAUUCAAUUGAUGGAUUCCCUGGUGAAAAUGUUUACAAUGUGUCAGUCCUAACAUUAUCAACAGCAGAGAAAGUUUAUUAUCCACAAUGUAAGAGUACACUUACUUGUGAAAUCAGUGGUUUGUUGCCCGGUGCCUCUCUUUAUUUCAAUGUCUCUGUCACUAAUAGAGGUGCUUCUGAUUAUAUAGGACGUUCUCUCAGACUCAAAGAUCCCAUUAAGGAUUUUAAUUUUACCAUUCAGAAACCAACAAUGAGCUCUGUAACUAUAGAUUUUGCAAUUGGUGGCGUCGGAAUAGGAGCAGUCAAUUACACACUCAACAUAACGAAUCUAAAUGAUAACACUUUUUUUAUCACCUCAACCAUGAAACAAUUCUACACCUUGAAUUUGCCUACGACCGCAGCUAAUUAUUCAAUCACUGCAACUGCUGAAAAUGAAGGAGUAACAUUGGCAUAUGGUCCAGAAAUCUUUAAAUGGUCAGGAGAUAUUAAAAUCACUGAUGUUGAUAUCUAUAAUAUUACAACCUAUAGUGCUCUUUUUAAUAUCUCUGCUACUGGAGUGCCUGAUACUUUUCAAGUUAUCGCUGUUGAAACAGUCUCUGGUACUCCCACCUACUAUACUGGUUUGAGCGACAUGCUCUAUAGCAUGAAACCUAAUACCCUCUACAAUAUCUCUUUCCAAAUCAAAGAAUCAGCACAGCACUAUUCAAAUAUAGUGUAUAAAUCGAUACAAACUUAUGAUAAAAUCAACAAUCUAACAUAUACAUUAGACCAGAGAUUAAAUACUACUUCACACAGUAUAUAUGUUUUCAUCGAGAUGUUCUCAAAAGGUGGUGUUCCUAAUGAUAUUGUUUAUGGAUAUGAAAGUAGAGAUGAUUACCCCUUUAUAGUUAUUGAUAAUACUAUUGUGGUAUCUAAUUUUACACCAGGAGAUAUUUUUACAUUUACUCUAUACGCGAAUAGUGAUGAUUACUUUACAAGAAAUGGUCCACAUACUAUUCAAAUUUUUAGUUUCCCAUAUAUAGAAGAUGUAUAUAAUUCAUCUCAAUAUGAUUCAAUUUAUUUGAAUUGGACUGCUGGAGGAGGUGUACCCUACAAUAAUACAUUUGAUGUUUCAUUGUUCAAUCCUUCGAAACCUUUAGAUUUAUCGAAUAUUGUUUGCUCUGGUAAUAUUACCUCUUGUUUAGUUAGAAAUCUCGCCGAUAAUACACUCUAUGGAUUUAAAGUUACAAUGAGAUCUGAUCAAUUCGAUCCAGUUACAUAUAGUCUAAAUGUUAAAACAUUACCAUAUCCAGAUACAUGUAUUGAUAGAAAUGGAAAUAGUUCAAUCGUAUGUAAUGGACAUGGUAGAUGCUUAAAUGGUAGUUGUUUAUGUGAUAGUAAAUGGGUUGGUGUCUAUUGUGAGAAAGAGAUUACUGGAGGUGGUGAUAAUGGAAGUGGAACCAAUGUUAAUCCAAACCCGAAUGGACCAGAUAUUAUCAUUGACAACAAAAAUGUCUAUUAUCAAUUCCAAUUCUCAGAAAUCAGAGAGGUUAAUCCUGAGAAAUCGGUUGUCAAGAAAUUAGAUAUGCCAUCGCUUAAAUGGAGUUAUUCUAAUGGAUCUACAACAAUCAACUCACUUACUCAUAUCAAUUGGAUCUAUAGAACCGGUAGAAAUAGUAUGUUUGAUUCCCUUAACAUUACAUUCCUACAGUACAAGUACAGUGGUAUCGGUAACAAUUCAGUACUACAAGAUAAGAUUCCAAUCAACUUUGCCAAUCAGGUGUUCUACAUCGAUGUUGGAUCAGUUAAAUACACUAUCGAUAUUGGUGAAUGGAAGUUCGACAGUCUUUUAAAUACUUUGGAGAUUGUAACAAACAUCUCUCAACCUAAAGUCGAAAACGAAGGUUGUGGAUCGAACGAGGAUAUCGAUUUCGAUAAUAAUAUUGUCUUGAACUCAACCGAUUAUACUUCCAUUAUGAUUGGUAAUGAUCAACUUGUCGUUGGAAAGCUGAUCAAUAGAGCGAUGCUAGAUGGUAUGCCAAGAAGAAUCAGCUACAGAGUCGAUGUAUCCGACGACAACUCCAAAGCAAAUCAACAAGUUUUGAAUUUGAUCACUGAAGUUCCACAUUUCCAAGACAGAGCCAGCCUUGACCCAGAUUUCUCUUUGAUCAUCAAUGUCGAAACCGAUAAUACCUGUUCGAAUUCCAAUGCUUGGAAGAUUGCCGUUGGUGUAGUUGUCGGAGGUGUUGGACUCAUUUCGAUUGCCGCAGGAGUAUUUUUAUACAAACGAAAGUUAACAAAGAAAAGACAUUAUGAAGCCAAACUAAAAAAGGUUCAACAACAAAUAUUCAAUAAUAAUAUAUUCUUUAUUUUUUUAUUUCUACUUUCAACCGGUAGAAAUACUUUCAAUAUAAUAAAUGGAGAUAUUAUAGUUCCGAAAACUCCUUUUAUCAAUAUGUUGAUUUACGACUCAAUAAACUGUUCACAAUCUGGGCAACCUACUGGACAACCAGAGAAAGUAGUAUCUUUCCAACCAUUGUAUUGCUAUGAAUAUAAUGGAAAAAGUCUCAUGAUAAAAACAAUUACUGGUAAUCAACUCAUGUAUUCAAUUUAUCCAGAACCCAACUGUAUGGGACCUUUUAAUACUACAGGUUACAGCUAUGCUCCAAAUUCCAAUUGUCUUCUUAUCAAUCCAUUAUUAGGCCCCCAAAAGUAUGUUGUUUUUAACGAAGGAAUACCUCAGAUGCCCAGAUUAAAAGUACCUAAUAGUUACUAUUAUGAGAAAAUGCCAAGUAAUUAUACUACAUGUUCAAUGACAGGUAUAGAUACUUACAAUUAUGCAAGAACAGCAGUUAAAAAUGGUGUUUGUACUUACAAUGAUAUCGAUAAAAACCCAUCUUUAAUGUCACCACUUACCUCGUCUUCUGUUCAAAUCGACAAUUCUGCCGUUUCAUGUAGCAAUCCAAACUAUGUUAUUUAUUCAAGUGGAUGUGCGAAUUUUGCUUCUUCCAAUCCAUACAGCAUAGCAAACGCAUUCCGGAAUGUGGUAGUUCCUCCUGCCACUCUAGCACCCACAUUCACACCUGUUUCCUACAACCAGAUCCUAUUAUCAGGUGUCGACUUUGGAUAUCAGAAUCAUGGAAGUUUAUUUUGUGAGGUAACUUAUACUGUCGAUGGUUCAUCCAAUAAUCUCAGCCCAGGAAACCUUUUCGAAGUAUCUGAUUCAAUGACUUUGACUGGAUUACCUCAAGGCAAAUUAGUCUAUAUUUCACUAAAUCUCUAUGGAUAUGAUUAUAUAUCCAACAGCUAUGCUCCAAUGCUAACAACUUUAGAGGCUUCUAUGCCUGCAUAUCCACAGAUUACAGAAGUAACUCCAUUUUUAAUUACAACAAAAUCAAUAUCAAUUUCCUAUAAGACAACGGGUGGACUUCCAGGCGCUGAUACAUUUAACGUAACUUCAGAAGGAAUGACAUUCCCCAAAUGUCAAAAACAAAGUACAUGUAUUUUGAGUGGCUUCACACCAGGUAGAUCUGUAGAUGUUUUUGUAACUGUAGAAAACACAGGUCUCUCUCAAUUACAUCAAUCAACAAUACAACUAUUAAAACCAAUGACUUUUCAAGCAAGACUUUACUUGUAUAAUACCAACUUCACUGUACAAAUGACACCUAGUAGUGGUGGAUAUGGAGAUACUGUUUAUAUUUUCUCUUUCCACAAUAUAGAUAUCAACAGAACAAUGGGUGUCACAACUUAUGUACCAAGAUAUUCUUUUCAACCCAUUUUAUUUAAUAGCUAUAAUAUCACUAUAAAUAGUACGAAUGAUGGAAAUUCACAAAUAAUUACUUUCAAUAACUAUCAAUUGUUUGGAGUUUUAGAAAUAACAAACAUUGCAUUUCUAUCGAUUGGAGUGAGCAAUGCCUCCAUUCAAGUAUCAACAUCUCAACUCUAUAGACCAACUUUUAAUAUAACCGUUGUUGGUAUAAAUGAUAAUAAUAGAGUAUUAGGAGUUUUCAAUACUACUAGUUUCAAUUUAACAGAAUUGCAAGGUGGAAGAGAAUAUCAACUUGGUAUAUCUAUUGAUGAUGGUUCUCGUAGAAGUGAAGUUAAACUAGUUAAUUUCCUAACCUUUUCUCCUCUCACCAAAGACAGGGUAGUCUUUAUCCAGAGAAUUAAUUCCUCAAAUCCAGAGUCCUGGUAUUUACAAGUGGAAAUUUAUGCAAGUGGAGGUAUUCCAAAUAUGUCAAUCUAUACUUUUGCAACUUUAAUUAGAGGAACACCUUAUCAAUCAAGCAAAUACUCCAAUAUAAUCAUAUUAAACGAUUUGAAUUUUAAUUCUACCCCUCAAUCGUUUAAAGCAGUUGUAGAAAACGAUGGGGAAUUUGUUCUUUUUCUUGAAUCAGUAACAUUAUAUCAAUUCCCUGUAUUUAAUAAAACGGAAUACCAAGCUGGAUAUGAUUCAAUAUUUUUGAAUUGGACUGAUUUAUAUAGUGGUGGAUCAGGAAAUAAUACUUUUGAUAUUUACAUUUUCAAUCCAAACCGUCCAACAACAGUUUCUACUUUACUGUGUUCCGGUGAUAUUAAUACAUGUCUGGCCACUGGAUUAACAUCUAACACAUUAUAUGGAUUCAACAUUACUAUGAAAUCAGUUCAAUUUGACCCAAUCUAUUUUACAUUAAAUGUUCAAACAAAAGAAUAUCCAAAUGUUGUUACCUGUGUCGAUCCUAAAGGUUCUACAACUUUAGAUUGUAAUGGUUAUGGAAAAUGUGUCAAUGGAACUUGUCUGUGUGAGAAAGAUAGAACUGGAAUCUAUUGUGAAAACAAAAUACCAGGAGGCAAUGGCGGUAAUAAUGGAGGUGGAACCAAUGUCAAUCCAAACCCAAACGAUCCAACAAUCAUUAUUGACAACAAAGAUGUUUCCUACCAAUUUACUGUCUAUGAAAUAAGAGAAGUAGAUGACAUGUCAAAUACACUCAAGAGUGUAAAUAUUUCAAAUUUGAAAUGGACUCUCCAAAACCAAUCCAAUCAACCUGUUCCAUCCAUCGACAAAGAUCUACAACUGAAUCAAUGGAUAUACACCUCCAACCUCUAUAAUAUUAUAGAUUCCAUCAAAAUUACAUUUAUACAAUAUAAAUAUCCAAACCACAACAAUAAUAAUAAUUUAGAAAAGAUACCAAUUACCUUUGCCAAUCAAUUGUUUUAUAUUGAUGUUGGAUCAAUUAAAUAUACGAUAGAAUUGGAUGGUUGGAAGUUUGACAGUCUACUUAGUACUCUAGAGAUUGUGACGAAUAUAACGCAACCAGUGCUGACAGCUGGUAGUGGUUGCAGUGACGACGACAAUGAGGUCAUCGACGAAAGCGUGUUGAGUAACUCGACAGAAUUCACAUCGUUCUUCUUGGGACGAAAUCAAGCGGUGUUGGGUAAACUCCUGAAUCGUGCGUUACUCGAUGAUAUUCCUCGAAGAAUAAGUUACAAAGCAGCGAUAUUUAAGAUCGACGACAAGGAUGACCAACAGAUGCUGAGUGUCACCACAUCGAUUCCCUAUUUCAGCUACACCGCCAAGCUGGAUCCCGAUUUCAGUCUACUAGUUACAACCGGUGGCAACGGCAAAUGUUCAAAGAGUUCAAACUCUUGGAAGAUUGCAGUGGGUGUUGUCGUGGGUGUAGUCGGUGCAGUAGCCAUCGCAGUAGCAUUGUUCAUAAGAUACAAAAUGCACCUUAAAAAACGAAAAUACGAAGCCAAACUUAAAAAAGUUCAACAUCAAAUGUAA